CCCCGAGCUCGGGAAGUGCCGCUCGCGGGGCUCCGCGCUGGCGAUGGAGGGCUGGGCGCCCGGCGUGCCCGCGGCUCGCGUUACUCUGAACUGCCGGCGUAGGACCGAUUAACCCCGGCGGUGCAGGAUUACCUGAAAUGACAGUUUUUCAGGUGCAUGUGACAGCAUUGCAGUGAUGAGUGGAAUUUUAAAGAGGAAGUUUGAAGAAGUUGAUGGCUCCUCACCUUGUUCCUGUGUGUGGGAAUCAGAUGAUGACAUUUCUAGCAGUGAAAGUGCUGACAGUGCAAGUAAUGUCCAUCCAUCCACUUCUAAUCAUUUUACUCGUGCAUGUGACAGCAUUGCAGCGAUGAGUGGAAUUUUAAAGAGGAAGUUUGAAGAAGUUGAUGGCUCCUCACCUUGUUCCUCUGUGCGGGAAUCAGAUGAUGAUAUUUCUAGCAGUGAAAGUGCUGACAGUGGUGAUAGUGUCAAUCCAUCCACUUCUAAUCAUUUUACCCCUUCUUCAAUCCUGAAGAGAGAGAAGCGGAAGAGAACAAAAAAUGUCCAUUUUAACUGUGUUACUGUGUAUUACUUCACAAGAAGGCAAGGCUUCACCAGUGUUCCCAGCCAAGGCGGAAGCACACUGGGAAUGUCUACUCGCCACAACAGUGUGCGCCAAUACACGCUGGGAGAGUUUGCAAUGGAACAGGAGAGGCUUCACAGAGAGAUGUUAAGAGAGCAUCUAAGGGAGGAAAAACUCAAUUCUCUAAAAUUAAAGAUGACAAAGAAUGGUACAGUGGAAUCUGAAGAAGCUAAUACGCUGACACUGGAUGACAUUUCUGAUGAUGAUAUUGAUCUAGACAACACUGAAGUAGAUGAGUACUUCUUUCUACAACCCCUGCCGACAAAAAAGCGAAGGGCAUUGCUGCGAGCUUCUGGAGUGAAGAAGAUUGAUGUGGAAGAAAAACACGAGCUGCGAGCCAUCCGCCUGUCCAGAGAGGAUUGUGGCUGUGACUGCCGUGUGUUCUGUGAUCCAGAAACUUGCACUUGCAGUCUUGCAGGCAUAAAAUGUCAGGUGGAUCGUAUGUCUUUUCCAUGCGGUUGCACUAAAGAAGGGUGUAGCAAUACAGCAGGUAGAAUUGAAUUUAACCCUAUCCGUGUACGGACUCACUUUUUACACACAAUAAUGAAACUUGAAUUGGAGAAAAAUAGAGAGCAGCAAGUUCCAGCACUAAAUGGCUGCCACAGUGAGAUAAGUGCACACGCUAGUUCUAUGAGUCCGGCACCCCAUCCAGUUGAAUAUUCAAUUGCAGAAAAUUUUGAGAUUGAAACCGAACCUCCGGCUGCGGUUAUGCAUUCUCAGUCAGCCGAGGACUUGGACUGCCCAGGGGAAGAGGAGGAAGAGGAAGAUGGGAGUAGCUUUUGUAGUGGAGUUACAGAUUCUAGCACACAGAGUUUAGCCCCUAGUGAAUCAGAUGAUGAUGAAGAGGAAGAGGAAGAUGAGGAGGAAGAUGAGGAGGAAGAAAAAGCAGAUGAUUUUGUAGAAAGCAUAGGCUCCCAUGGUGAUAUGGUGCCUCUUCCUACUGUCCUUUGCUACUCUGAUGGAACCGCUGUGCAUGAGAACCACUCAAAAAAUGCCUCAUACUAUACUAACUCUUCAAAUCUGUAUUACCAAAUAGAGAACCACGUUGCUGGCACUGCUAACCAGAUCAGUGAGACUUACUCAGAAAGGGAUGCUGUCAAGAACGGUAGUCUUUCUCUGGUGCCUUACAACAUGACUUCAGAACAGUUUGCUGACUACACACGGCAAUCAGAGGAAACUUUUAGCAGCCCUCAUUACCCUUCUGCAAACCCCUCGGUGAUUGUUUGCUGCUCAUCUUCUGAAGGUGACGGCAGUGCUCCAUGUAACAGUUUAUACACUGAGCACAGGCCAAGUCACCCUCAAGUGGAAUUUCACUCAUACUUGAAAGGUCCUUCUCAAGAUGGCUUUGUUUCAGCUCUGAAUGGCGACAGUCGUGUGCAAGAGCACCCUGCUGAGAAUUCGCUAAACCUCCCAGAAAAGAGCAGACUGCACGAAGAGUGCAUCAAAUCAUCAGUGGUAGAAACGGUACCUGUUUAAUAUAUUAUUCUAGGACUGACUUCCUGUAUUGAAAUGCACUCACAUUGGAUUUCCUAGAAUCUUACUUUUUUAAAAGGUAGAUAACACUUGGACUAUGGUCAAUGUUCCAGACACAUUUUGUUUUCUCAAGCUACACUGGCAGUGGUAUUGCACAAAAACAGUUCAUGUAAAGAUUUAAAUAAAAAUAAUCAAACUGUCUUUUGAUAAAAAUGAAAUGUGUAAGUAAAAAUGCACCCAACAUAUUUCAAAGUAGCCUACCUAUGAAACUGUGUGAAACCUGCCAAGCUAUCUGAAUCAAAGCUUCGUGUUUUUGAUUGUUGGGUCUGUGCAAGAUUGUUAAAAAUGAUAAUUUGAAAUAAUCAUGGUUAGAGUCCUAAAUUUCAACAUAUCUGAAAAGAUGGUAAGUUUAAUGUAAAAGUAACUACUGUACAAAAAAAGUUUUAAUUGUUCUGUAAUGUAUGUAUUUUAUUUAUGGUAGUUUAGUACUCAUAUUUUGGUAAAAAUGAACAGCAUGUUCAUUUGAGCAGAAGAUCCAUAGCUAGGUACAAAGAGCAUGUCCACUUUUCAUCUGGAGUACCUUUUAUUCUUACCUUUUUUUUUUUUUUUUUAAUACCAUUUCUGGUAAAUUAUCUUGAAAUGCAUUUUUAGCGUGUACUUCUCUCUUUUACUGUUCUUGACAAACAGAAGAGUCAGAAAGGGGGCAUUUACAUCUUCUAGAAAGGUGAAAGGUAGACAAUCCUCCACUAAAAUUAAAACCAGUGGCAUUCCAGAACUAGUACCCCCUCCCCAAAGAAAAAUGAUCUUUUAUAUAAUGGCAAAGCAGUAGCGUAAGCUUGCACAGCACCUUUUAGCCCAACAAACAUUCUGAUACUUAUGCACUUUAGUGCCAUUUUGCAGUACUGUAUUAACUGCGGGAACUGUGAACUAUUUUGGAGAAACGCCAUAGCUCCAGACUCUGAGGUGUAUGUAAGAUCUUAAAAUUCAUUGUAAUAAAACCUGUACUUUUUUCCCAAGCCAGUUUAUGAAUAUGUCAGUAGGUAAUUUAAAAACAGUCGUGCUGAUCAAAGUUUAUAUGAAGCAUGGAAAAAAUUGUGGAAGUGUCUAGAUUUCCUAAAUAUUUAGCAGUUUUUAUGAAAUACGAGACUGGCUUUUGUGGACUCCUGAUUGUAUCUCAAAUUUACAGUCAUUUGGUCUAAUUAGGAACCAGUAGAUUCACUGAGGAAACAUAGCUUCAGAAGUUUUGUAUCUGCUAAAGUUGCAAGCAAAAUACCACAUGCAUCACAUGGAUAUCCGUUACUUUGUACUUAAUGUGUUUUUAAAUGAAAUUGAGUUAAAAUACCUGCUGUAUCUCAACCUUUAAUUUAUUAAUCAACCUUGCUUUCUUCUGGGAAGGGAGGUUAUAGGAAUCUGAUAAUUCUGCACUGGCUUACUUUGUUUUCAAAAUCUAUUUUAACAUUUUUGUUCUAAUACUAAGAUUUUAUUUAUUUUACACCAGGUGGGUUGAAAUGUAGACCUGUCUUGUUUGUCAGAAUGAGGAUCAGCAUCUUAGUUUUUAUCUGUCAAAUCUAGGUGGUUAACAGUAUGCAUGUAAACACAGUGUAAAUUAUAGCUCUGUAACAGUGACUCUUCCGAUUAGAAGCUCUUUAAAACAUCAUGUACAGUACUCCAGUAGAAAAACUGCCAGAUUUAAAAUACGCUUUCUAAAAAAAUAAGCUGACCUAAUUGUUUUUAAAUGAAAUCUGGGCAAAGUGAUUUCUCAUUUUGAUGCUAAAUUAGCAAAAUAUUUUUACUCCAUGUAGUAGCUGGAAAGGUUUUUUAUUUACUUGUUUCCACAAGAAGUCCUGCAUGUUUUAUAUGAACUGCCUUGAAAAGUCUUAGUUCUCUAGGGACUGGAUUCCACACUUGCAAUGUGUUCCAUCUCCUGGCAAAGUGCAGUCAUGGUUUUCUGGCUCAGCAGUUCCUUAGCCGCUGCUCCUCUUAGUCACAGGAUGCUCUUUCUCGAAAGGCUGUGUAGCCAGGUAAGCGCAUGUAUUCUACAAUUCCGUACAGCAAAUACCCAUCUUUAUUUUUAAAGAGAAACAUGUUAGUUCAUAAAGUUCUGCAUCUAAGAAUAAGAAUAAUAUUAUUCUGUUCAAGGUACUCUAUGGGCAAAUGUAACAAGUCUCUGUGUAUAUAGGCAUCCUGCAUUAACAGUAGGCUUAAAUCUGGCACUCUUACUCAACACCAGCACCAAAAGCACAAAUCCCUUCUACUUGAGCUGGGACUCUAGCUGUGAAUCAGUAGCAGCUUUUUAACCUCAGAGUGUGUUGGAGUGCACACUCUACCAGGGUAUUUCUCUCAGGGGAAAGUUAAAUUCAAUAGUUUGUUUCAUUAUUCACCCCCUUACUGAGCAAUAAGAAAUUAUUUUCUUGGCCCCUGUGCUUUCACGUGUAAAGUAUCUUUAAUAAUAUUAACAAGCACAGUAAGUGAUUAUAAAAUACAUCUCAGCUAGCUUUAAAAUACUGAGAUUAUGGUUAUUUAGUAUUUCCAUUGGCACAGGCUUCAGACCCCAGGCCUCCUUAAUAUCAGCAUCUGUAUAACCUUCUGAGUACUUAGAUGCAUAUGUUCCACGCCACUAGGGCAUCAGGGGUGAAUACAGCUAAAUUCUCUGCAGUUUGCAGCUUGUAAUAGAUAGGGUAGAGAAAGCAGUGACUAUAUAAAGAUCUUGUGCUACACUAUUUUCCCUUAUUUAAAGUAUCUAAUUCAUGGGAAUCACAAAGUAAAAUGUGCAGAAUAAAGAUAUAUGUUGAAAAAAUAUUCUUAACUAACUGGUGAUAAUGUAGAUGGUGAUGCCUUCCCUUUGAUCCAAUCUGAUGUUUUGUGAUCAAGAUUUGAUCUCAGGAUACAAAGUAAACAAACCCUGUUUAGUUCUUGCAACAAGGUAGAAAGUCAAGUCUGUUUAUAAUUCAUGGAGAUUUCCUGGUAGCUAUACUAAUAAUAUCAGCAAGCCUGCUAACAGAGAUUAGCUCAUACUGAGGAGAAUAACCUCAGAAGCCUCUUUUUUCAACAUAGGCUAAACCUGUUUCCCAAACAAUUCCAUACCAGCAAAUAACAAAGCUAAGGCCUCUUCUAGUGUGUAUAAGUUGACUAGAGUGAUGGGGAAAAAAAAAAAAAAAAAGGUCACAGCCCUGACCAAAACAGAUUUAACUGUGAAAGCCAAAAAAUUUUAACUGUGAAAUCUAAAGUAGGAUAUAGAAACCAGGUGGGAGUCAAGAUUCCCACCCCUUGAUUAGACUGAUGAUUUUUUUAGGAAAAAAAAAAAAAGUAAGUACUCUUCGUAUAAGGAAAAAUAAACUUUAAUCAUGGGAUAGUAAAUGUUUUAAUGUUAUUUUCUGGGCUGGUAUGUAAUAAUAUAUAAUGUGUCCCAUUUCCCAGUUGGUUAAUAUUCAUGUUGAUAACCAGCCCUUUCAUUUUGAGUAAGCUUAUUUCUGCAUGAUAAAAGUAUUAUGUUACUAAAUGAUAAACAGCAGUACUUGCUCUGUAUCGACACAGUAUAUCAUUUGUGGAAAUGUUUGCUUUACUGGUAGUUGUAUCACCUUUCUUUCCCAAGAUAUCUGGCUACUGCUAAUCGCUCCUAAGAAGCCAGGUAAUAAAUUGGUAGACAGUUUAUGAUUACACUACAUAGUUCAGAAAAAUGAGUGAUAACAAAAGCAUUUCCCUCUGUUAAAAUAAAACAGAAUUUUGACAGAGUUGAUCACCGGAACAGCACCUAAAACUGGAUGCCUUUUUGCCUACAAUGUGAAUUUUGCCUCUCGGAAAAAAUGCAUUGUUAAAGGUUAUAUAUAAAGCUUUAACUGAUGUUCAACAUGAAAUUAGAACGUAAUUAGAACAUAAAAUUGCAACAAUUACAAUUGUUCCCUAAGAGUUAUAACUCAUGCCCACUGCAGCAUCUUUAAAAAAAUUAAAAGCUGGUCCGUAAAACUUACUAAUAUUUUUUUUUUUUAAAUAAAAAAAAAUAUUUGAUGAAUUGUAUGCCAUUUAGAUCAGAAGGUUCUAGAUUUGUAAAAUUUCUCUGGUUUUCAUUUACAAAAGUUCCUGCUAGUGAAUCAUAAUUUGACAUUUAUUUAUUCACGUCAAGGCCAUUGUUUACACAGUAACCAUCACUUGCUAUAAAUAUGGUUCAGCCGCCUCUCUGGUCUGUUAACUGGGUCGGUUAACGAUGUGAUCCUGCCUUUUGUGUGCAUUCUGCAGAAAUUGCAUGGAAUAGUCACGGUGUUGUUAUUCACUGGGUUGCUAACUGAUCCAGAUCCAGUUUCUAAUCUUAUCUGGGUAUUGUAUUUCAGUAAACGUGCUAACAAACUGAUCAUGUAGCAUUCCCUGCCUCACAGUCAGGAGGAUAACUUCACGAAACACAGCUUGUUUAAGAUUGUAUACAUACAUUUGUAUGCAAGCCAGAACAUACAUUAUGUUUUUUAAUAUUUCAGAUGUUCUUGACUCUCUGAUAGAAAUGUGAUACACUGGAUAGAGAGUAUUGGGCUCAGAGACCUGGGUUCUGUUGACUUUGCCUUUGUUUUGCUGUGUCGCUUCUGUUCUCUGUGCUCUGGUUUCUAAGGUACGUGGAGAUACUGUGAUUAAAAAAUAAUUCUAUAGAACAGGCAAAAAUCCAUUUUUUCCCUCUUUUUUUUGGCAUCAUAACUAUAUUUUUGUACUGCAAACUAAGUCACUUUCCCAGUAAAGCCCAGUCCAGCUCAGAAGUGAACAGAGAUUUUUUCGCCAAUGUGAAACAGCAUAAGCAAGCUCUCCUUUCUGUGGACCGGAUUAAUGAGCAAAAGUUUAAUGAUAAAUUUCACAGUGAAAAUUAGAAAAAAAGCUGUGUUGAAUAUACAACAUUUACCUGUCGAGUGCUUAACAUUUGAGCAGCAAGAUUGUAGUUUGCCUGCAACACCAUUCUCGCCAGCAACAGGCAGUCUUACUGCCCUGUAUGCUGUCUUCCUUUGGCAGCUGAAUUCUCUCAGUUGAAACUCUUUGUCUAGGCUGCUCCUGUGACAAAGCAUGUGCCCUUACUCAGAGCUAAAGCAAGAGAGACCCGUGAUAUUGUUUUAAAAGGCAUUUGCUAAAUAAAGAACUCCUGUGUUGUAGCUCAGGAGUUGUAUAAACUCAUGUUCAUUUUGCCAGUUGUUCAAUUUCCUGAAGCAGUCAGGAACAGGGAUGGAAGAGGAUGAUAGGGGAAAUCCUUAAAUGUUUAGGGGUGUUAUGCUUUCCCACCGAGGCUAAAGAGUAAUUCUGUCAUCUACUUUAUUAUAAUUGCAGAACGUCUGAUGUAAAAUACUUGGAAAAACUAGAAUUAACUCAGAGAAUAUAUUCUAUAGAAUUUAUUUCUAAAAUACUAAAUCUGAUUACUAUUUUUUUAAAAUGGUAGAAAGCUACUGUUAUUUUCAAAACAGAGUCUAGUUCAUUAACAUGUUCCUUGAUAUGAGAAAUCUCAACAUUUGCUUUUUCAGUGUUUCCAAUUUUUUUUUAAAUAUUCCUUAAUUUUGCUGUUCUCUGUAAUCACUGUCCAUGUGCAAAUUAUUAAUUGUCCAUUUUCUCCAAGAAGUGUGAAAUCCAAAGCAUGAACAUUGUGAAGUGAUGAACAAGUGCAAUGUAGUUGUAAAGAUGUCUGAGUGAACACAUGCCUGAGUUCUUCAUAAGUCCUUCCUGUUCACUGUCUCUUCCCACUCCUAAAUCAGAGGCAGCUUUUAAUUUUGUUGCUAAUAAAUGUGCCAGAGUAUUAUUUUCACUUAAGGAUGAAAGUUAUAAUAUUCUUGAGAACUUUCUGCUACCCUAAUGGCUGACACCAAGAAUUUUACUUUUUAUAAGAACAUCCAAUUCGUGAAACAUCUGUUUUGCAGCUUUAGUCUUUUAAAUUCCUUCCUCCUGUCAUCUUAGUGUCUGGAAGGGCUUGUUGUACAGUAAGGCUUUUCAUUAAAAUCAAGCAUGAGGGCGACUCUGGUGUCCUCUGGGCUGUCUGUCCUUUAUUUUGCCAAACAAGUUGUUGUUGGUUGGUUUUGGGGUUUGUUUGGGUUUUUUUGUUUGUUUGUUUUUUUGGUUUUUUUUUUUUUUUUCACUUAACAUUAGCAUGGAGCUAGAUUGGUGGAACUGUGGUGAAAAACAGUCUCCCAUUGACUCUGAAUGUGAGUCAGGAGCGAGCAGGCCUGCUGGGGGGGGCGGUCUGUAGACUUGCCUUCUGCAUACAGACAAACAGGAAGGACGCCUACCCCCCAGGCUGCGGGGGGGCGGCAGGGGAGCCUCCUUGCCUCCUGAGGAGCGUAGUUCCAGGGGAAAAGUGUAACUCUUGCUACAGCACAGCCCACUACAGGAUGAAAAUCCAAGAUUAGGGAAAGCAGAAAACAGUCACUUUAGGGGAACAAAAAGUUUCCUUCUAACUACUAUUAUGUUGUGUUUUUUUUUUUUUUUAUUUUAUUUUUUUCUAAUAUAAGUAAUAAAUAAUAAAUUACCCUUUUAUGAAGUCAAAGUGAACUAGAUCUUAAAAAGGAAAAGUUAAAGUAUGUAUUGCUCUACUGCGAUAUAAUCUUUGUGGUUAGGAGGUUACCUGCUACGUGGGCAGUCCCACUGACUGGAGAACCAUAUUCAUGCUGCUCUGUACUGCUGCUUCUCAGUUCAGAAGGUGAUAGUCCUUCUUCUAACGUUUGGAGACAGGAGGGAAAUCAGAAGGCAAACUUCAUUUACUUACUCAGUUAUCUCAAUUUGGAUCUUAGCAAUGACACUUUUGUUUUACUUAGGUAUUUUAUGAACAAAUGUCAAGUAGAACCAAGUGCAAAGAAGUUUGUCUCACGUGUAUGUUCUUCUCUAACUGCACGUUUUGAGCAAGCCAUGAGGAUUGGAUUAGCUUUUGUCAAGGGACAGGAAAAAUGGUGGAAGAUACAAAUGUACACCACUGUUCUAACACAAGGAACAAGAUAAUCGUCGUCUUGAAGGUGGAUACACCCUGGAGUGAGGAUAGAAAGGGCAAUUUAGAGGAAAAUAAGGAUGAAGGCAAGAGGUAGAUUGAUCAGGACAAUUUUUUCAUCUAAAGGGCAAAAGAAAGCAUUAUAUAGGGAAAAAAAAAAAAAAAAAAAAAAAAAAGGAAGGAAAAAAGGAAAUUAAGAUAUCCCCAGAGCAAGGAUGGAGAAGUGUAUGCAUGUUCACUACAAGCUUGGCCAUGUUAGAUCACAGUAUUCUGGUAUUUAUUAUAUUUUAAAUCAAACAUGAACUCAGUGCAAACAGGAAAUGUCAUUUUUCCAUACCAGAUGUAUACAGGCAGAUAUUAAAUAAAAGACUUAUCCAAAAGCAUGGGGUAAAAAACUACAAAGCAAAGCGACACCCUAGAAGCAUUGCUACCGUGUCUUGUCUUUGCCUAUGUCAACUUCCAAGUCAUGUUCAGUAGCAUUUUAGUUGUUAACUCUGCUCCCAGGCACAUGUUCUAAUGUAACCAGUUUCUCAGCUAACAAGAGACACUGAAAGCAAAGAAGAAAUAGGUGGCCUUUUUAUUAGCAUUUUAGCUUGGGAUUUGCAAAUGAGACUUGAUAUAUGAUGGCUAAUUCUUUUAGGUUUCUCCAUCUUAAACUUUUUAAAGAUGUUCCUAAGAAUGGCAUUUUGGGUUGGAUUAUGGGUGAAGGUCAACCUUGCUGGGGUACUGGGGGAUUGCUGUAAAGAGGCAGCCAUCCAUUUGUGAGUCUCUGAUGUAUAGAUUGAGCAGGAGUUUUCAGCUUCUUGAAAAGAUUGCACCAUUGUGUGCACUGGCAGCUGUUUCUCUGAAAACAAAACCAGAAGCAAGCAUGCUGUUUUUUCAAACCAUUUCACACAAAUACCACCACCUCAGUUCUCACAUAACAAUGCCCAUGUAAACAGUGCUUAACAACUGGGCCCUUUUAAUCGACUGAUUGUAGGCCCUUCUAUGGAAAUAUGUCUGAAGUGUAGUUUGUGAAACGUUUAAAAAAGUGUUUGAUGUAAAAUAAGCGCUAGACAUUUAACAGUGCAAAAAUAGUCAAAAUCUGUAGAUUACAAAGCCGUUCCUAAGAGCCUCAGCCUGUAAUACUGUCUUAGUAAAGUCCAUCUUUUAAGUUAAAAUGCAUUCUGGUGUAGCAACCUUUUACAAAUAACAUUAUUAACGCAAAUGUACUGGUUAAUACCUGUCACAGUAAGACAUGGCAAUUGGUUAUUGUGAUUUGUUUCCAUCUACAGCUAAUAGAUUGCAAUUUUACAAAAAACACAAAACCAACACUUACUACGUCUUUUGUUUACAGUGUUUUCAUUGUUUUAACAAAUACAAACUACAUAACAUUUACACUGUCUAGUCCAUCCCAGUCUUUUAGGAGGUUCAUCUCUCUCUGUAUAUAUAUAUUUCCCCAUAAGGAUAUAAAAUUGCUUUUGAAAUUUUUGUUGGCAAGUGGUAAAUACACCACAGCAUGGAUUCAAAAGCACUUAAGUUGAUAGUCUUUCAGACAUGUAAUCCAUUCAAAUGGGACUAGUAAAAUUGUGGUGUAAUUGCAGCCAUUUGUUUAAAAUUUGUACGUAACUUCUGACUUUAAUAAUUUUUGAGAAAAAUAAUUAUUUUAAGUACUUAACAUUUUCCAUUACAGAUAAUCUUUCAUACUUAAAUUAUGGAGAUCUCAACAGUAAAGCAACAUAUUUAAUUGGACUGCUGCUUUUAAACUGUUUGAAGAGAAGGGAAAGAACAUUCAUCUUAAAAUCUGUACAUGGAAAUAAUUUUAAACUUCAUGAACUACACAUUUCCUUAGUUUCCUUUCUUUUUUUUUUAAACAAGUUGUAACAUCAAAGAUGCCAAAGGGUAAUAUAAGCUACAAUAAUAUUCAACAGAACUUAACCUAGACCUUAUGUUGUAAUAAUUUAUUCAAAUUAACUGUAUUCUUCUGUAUUUAUAUUUUCGGUAUUUAUUAUGAAUGAUAUGGAAUUCGAUGUAUUUAUUGUGGCUUAUUACUGCAGUGUAUAUAUUACAAAAUGAGCAUUUUUAAGUCUUAACAUUAGGGUUUUUUGUUAAUUAGUGGCACUUGUAUCUGCUGUAUUUUUAUUAUAUAUUGUACAAUAUAUAUUGUCCAUUUGUUUGCAAUGAAGUAAAACAGGUUUCUACGUUA